UACAUUGUAUACAUGGGUGAUCUUCCCUCCAAGAGUGAUUUCUCUGCUACAUCAAUGCACGUGAGCAUGCUACAAUCAGUUAUGGACAGCGAAAGGGCAUCAAAAUCUUGGCUCCACAGCUACCACAAAAGCUUCAACGGCUUUGUUGCCAAGUUGACUGAGGAAGAGAAGGAGAAAAUUGCUAGCAUGGACGAAGUUGUGUCUGUAUUCCCUAGCACCAAAAAGCAACUGCACACAACAAGGUCAUGGGACUUUAUGGGCUUCCCUCAAGAUGUUAAAAGAACACAAAUUGAGAGCGACAUUAUUGUUGGAAUGUUAGACUCUGGGAUUUGGCCUGAAUCACAGAGUUUCAGUGAUGAAGGUUUUGGCCCUCCUCCAGGCAAAUGGAAAGGCAGCUGCCAAUCCUCCUCAAAUUUCACUUGCAAUAACAAAAUAAUUGGAGCAAGGUUUUAUCAUAGCGAAGGAAACAUUAGUUAUCCAGACGUCCCCUCGCCUAGGGAUUCUGGAGGACAUGGAUCUCACACUGCAUCCACAGCAGCUGGAGGCAUUGUAAAAGGGGCAAGUUUAUUAGGUCUUGGCUCGGGAACAGCUCGAGGAGGGGUUCCUUCUUCCCGCAUUGCAGUGUACAAAAUUUGCUGGUCUGAUGGUUGUUCAGAUUCUGAUAUUCUUGCAGCAUUUGAUGAUGCGAUUUCCGAUGGAGUUGAUAUUAUAUCACUUUCAGUAGGAGGGUUAUUUCCUUUGGAUUAUUUUGACGAUCCAAUUGCCAUUGGUGCAUUCCAUUCUAUGAAAAAUGGAAUACUCACAUCAAAUUCUGCUGGUAAUUCUGGACCUAAUCCUGGUAGCAUUUUAAAUUUCUCACCUUGGUCCCUCUCGGUUGCUGCCAAUGUCAUCGAUAGGAAAUUUCUCACACAAGUCUUUUUGGGUAAUGGUAAAAGUUACGAGGGAGUUUCUGUAAACACAUUUAAGCUCCAAAAUGAGACGUACUCGCUAGUCUACGGAGGAAAUGUACCUGCACCAGGUUCUGAUGGCUCCGAGUCAAGGUAUUGCUCACUCGGCUCUCUAGAUGCAAAACUGGUAAAUGGAACCAUUGUCCUAUGUGAUUCGCUGGGUAAUGGAACAGCACAAGUAGAAGUGGGUGCUAUUGGAACUAUAAUGCAAAGUAAUGGAUUCAAUGAUUUCGCCUUUUCUUUUCCCUUAUCAGCAUCAUACUUGACAUCCACAGAUGGUACCCAAGUUUUUAAAUAUAUCAACACAACAAGUAACCCAAGUGCUACAAUUGCUAAGAGUGUUGAAGCAGUAGAAAAAGCUGCCCCCUUUGUGGUUUCCUUUUCAUCAAGAGGACCAAAUCCAAUCACAAGUGACAUCCUCAAGCCUGAUCUAAGUGCACCUGGCGUGGAUAUUGUUGCUGCAUGGUCGGAGCUAUCUACGGUCACUGGAUUGGAAGGAGAUAGUAGAGUUGUUUCGUACAAUAUUAUAUCUGGAACAUCCAUGUCUUACAAUUUGACAAUGAUGAUGUUAUCUUAUUCAUAA